UCCAUGAGUAAUUACGUUUUCUUCCAAAGGGCACGGAAGAUGAUCGUGUAGAGCGCUCCCAUCCUUCUCUAAUUGACAUCAAGGAUGAACGAAAGACGCGGGCGCAAGCGAGAUGGAUCUGUAAUUGGGAAAAUGGCGUCGUCGAGGGACUUCAUCUCGUAACAGCAGACCCGUCUGCAUCUUAUUGUGUUUUAUAAUUAUUCCCGACCACACUGCAAAUGCACCGCAUCCAGAGCCUUGCCUGAACCACCAGCGAAAGAGAUGUCGAAGAUCGCAGCAGCUUCUCAAUCAAUCCGACCAAAAACCAUGUAGUAUUUGGAAUACCCAAUUGUUAUCAUUCAUUAUCUUCUUCAUUGUUGGUUGUUUACAAAACAAAAUGGGUUGUGUGAACAGCAAGGACAUAAACGAUGCCCACCCAAAUAUGUUCCAAGUGGUGAACUUGGAUGCCACGUAUCAUGCCAUGAGUGCAGGCCGUCUGGAGCUCACAGACACUGAGCUGAUCCUACACCAAAGGGGAAAGGCUCCUACAAAAUGGCCCCUGAGGUGUUUGAGAAAAUAUGGAUUUGAUUCUCAGAUAUUCACAUUCGAAUGUGGCAGGAGAAGUGCAACAGGCCCAGGUAUUUACGCAUUCAGGUGUAGGAAAGCUGAGAGACUCUUCAACAUGCUCCAGCACUACAUACAGGACAGAAACUUAAAUGAUGAUUUUAACUUUGGUGAUUUACUACCCCAAGUACAAAGGAGACCUCCACCAGAAGGGUAUUUAAAUCCAACUAUCAGGCCAACUUUGAGUAGACCUGGAUCCAUGAACUCAAAUGGGCCCAUCAGUCCCAUCUCUGUCACUACCCUAGAACACAACAACAACAAACGGAAUAGCAUAGAGCACGCGUAUCUCAAUACAAUGGCAAUGGAGGACAACAUCGCCUCAUACAUCAAUUUGGACGCCGAAAUGCAAGAGCCCACCACUUCCCUCUAUGUGAACAUUAACGCGGAUAACAAGCAGAAUCCAGAGAGCGAAGACCACAAGCAUAACUAUGCUAACGUUGAUGAAAUGAAGCCCUUGGACACCCCCGUACCAACAACACCCACCUCUAUCUACUUGACCGUCAAGGAAGUAAACUACAUCGAGCUCGACCUGGGCAAGAAUGAACCAAAACCCCCGAAGCCGCAGCCGGACUGCGUACCGAAGAGCAGUAAAAGCUACGUAGUCAUCGACUUCGAUAGAACAAAUGCCCUUUCACAUUCAACGAACCCUCACAUCGAGAUCGAAGAGGGUAGCAGGAAGACGCGUCACAAUUCAACCAUCUGCGACACCAUCGGCCACAGAAACUCUAUAAGCGAUUAACUAAGCGACCAGAAGAGAUCUCCCCAUUUCAAACAUGUUCUAAAGUAGAUUUUACAUAAUGCAAUAUUUAAAUUUAAGCCUAGUAAAAUGUGUGGAGCUCAAGACGAUGACAAAAAAAACAAACCAAAGAGACGCUACAGCACUUAACAGAAUACACCAAAACUUGCCAAACAGAAACAAAUUAACGCCAAACGGAUGCCAAAGUUAAAGGAGGAACUAUUUUGUUUGUUUUUUCCCUUUAAUUUUACGAUAUACUAUUUUGAACCAAAUAUCUAAUUUUUAAGUAUAAACACAAAUAAUGAAAAAGAAAAAGACAUCGAAAUGUUGCAACUAAUUAAUGUAAAUAACGAUCGAUAUAUAGAGUGGAUUGAAAUGGUAAGAGAAUAAUUACUUUUUUUUUGUUUGCAAAAUUAGUGAAUUAAGAUUAUAUGCCAAAGAUAUUAUGUUACUGAAUGUGUUGUUAUUUAAAUGAAUUCUAUUGUGGAUGUGGCUAAUGUUAGGAACGAAGGAUUGUUAAAAACAAAAUUAUAUUAGGAAGGAUGUAUUUUUAAAGAAUUGACAUUAUGUUAGGCAAUUAGAAUUCGUGAAAUUUAGUAUUGCAUGAAUGGGUGAUGAAUGAAUGAAAGCGCGAGCGAAGAACAUACAUACAUACACACACCCCAAAAACACAUGUAGAUUCUAUUUGAAACGAAAAGAUAUUUAAAUUUCAAUAAAUAUUUUACACAAUUUUCUUUACGAUUUAUCAAAAA